AUGACACUAACCGUUUGUUGGUGGAUAUCUCGAAAGGGCACCGUCACGCGUCUCAACUGGAGGUCACGUCACACCCUCGCAAACACCCAGAGCAGCGGCGAACACAUCAACUCGAACAGUUUGAGCGAAACAUUGCUGUCAGGUGGCGACACACCGACGGCGCACAAGCGAUACGAACGAAAUCGUCGGACGGCAGCCAUAAGUGACCGUCACCACACGCGCAGCGCUACCUCCAACGCCCUCACCAACGCCAGUCAGUCAGUCAGUCAGUUCGACACAUUUGCGACCGUCAGUCAUGCACGAGUGGCUCGCUCACCGUACGUCAACGAGCUGAGAUUUAGCGUUAAUGAUUAG